ACGCCAUUCUAUCUUCCCAUUUUUCCUUGAAAGCUGAAAACUUGAAAGGAAAGAGAGAAAAAUGGCAAGUGUAGCAGGAGUGAGCAGCCUCUCGACCCCUGGAGUCUUUGCCAGGGCGGCAGAGACACCCAAGGUGAUAAAGCCAGCUGGGGUGAGCUUCGGGUACUCGUUCGGGCAAGUGGGUUCGGGUCGGAUGAGGAUGAUCCGACCGGUGGCAGCUGCUCCGGAUAAACUAUCGGAUAAGGUGCGGGAGAGCAUCAAGGAGGCUGAGCAGGCGUGCUCGGAGGACCCGGCCAGCGGGGAGUGCGUGGCGGCGUGGGAUGAGGUUGAGGAGCUGAGCGCGGCGGCGAGCCACAAGCGUGACAACGAGAAGAACAAGGACCCCUUGGAGACUUACUGCAACGACAACCCUGAAACCGACGAGUGCCGUACUUACGACAACUGAGGAGCUUCUCCAACGUUGUGUGUCAUGUUUUAGAUUUCGUAGUACCUACUUUGUUUCGUUUUUAUGUUGAAGAAAACUAAAUCGAAGCUGUUGCAUGCGUGAUCA